AGCGGGGCGGCCGCCUCCCGCCCUCCGCCGAGUGGCGCCGGCCGCCGCCGCCGCUUGACGUCAGGCGCAGGCCCGGCCGCCCGGCGCUCGGCUGCCCCCGGAGCCCCGCAGCGCGCGACAGGCGCCCCCGCCGGCCGCCGCGCCCCCGGCCGCUCGGCAGGUUCUGCUGGAGACUUACAUUUGGCCUCAAUGUGAAGUUUAAGUAGAAUAUCACAUCUUCGUGUGUCGCUCUCAGGAUGUUGAUUGUUGAUUCAUCGGCCAUGCCUGAAGAGAGAGAUUCCGUUCUAAAUGGCUGAUUAACAGCAAAAUCAAUACAGAUCCUAGAUGUCAGGCAGCCCUCUGCUUGACUGGCGUGAAAAAUCCUCGUCUGAGACCAUCAGAACAUCAGCUGCAAACAAUGCCCCACGUGCUAAGGAUGUUGGCAACCUGAGUUCAUGCGCCCUGUCUGCACCAUCACUGUGGAUGGUUCACCAUCUGGAGGCUCCCCAGGCUCCUUUCCCGGAUCCGGACCUGUUUCUGAGAUGUCUCUGCUUCAUGCUUUGGGCCCAGUGCAGACCUGGCUGGGACAGGAGCUAGAGAAAUGUGGCAUUGAUGCCAUGAUCUAUACUCGCUACGUCCUCAGUCUUCUGCUGCAUGACAGCUAUGACUACGACCUACAGGAACAGGAGAAGGACAUCUUCCUGGGAUGGGAAAAAGGAGCUUACAAGAAAUGGGGAAAGAGGAAGAAGAAGUGCUCGGACUUGACUCUGGAGGAGAUGAAGAAGCAGGCUGCUGUCCGGUGCCUCCGCUCGGCCUCUGACGAAAGCUCUGGCAUCGAGACUUUGGUGGAGGAACUCUGCUCCAGACUGAAGGACCUUCAGAGUAAGCAAGAAGAGAAGAUUCACAAAAAGUUAGAGGGCUCUCCCUCUCCAGAGGCAGAAUUAUCCCCAACAGCGAAGGAUCAGGUGGAAAUGUACUAUGAAGCAUUUCCACCCCUUUCCGAGAAGCCAGUCUGCCUGCAGGAAAUCAUGACCGUGUGGAACAAGUCCAAAGUCAGUUCUUACUCUAGCUCCUCGUCGUCAUCCACAGCGCCCCCAGCGAGCACUGGGACGUCCUCUCCCAAGGACUGCAACAGUGAAGGGGAAGCCGCCCGGGAACGGGGCAGUGCGGCCCCUGCCACCACGCAGGAGCAAGCCCGGAGCAGAAACGAGAGAGAGAACAAGGCCAGCGGCGGCACCGUAGAGGAGAAACCUGCUCCGUACCGGAAGCAGGGCCGGCACAGAGCCGAAGGAAAGGUGCGCCCGCGAUCGUGGUCCUCUGGCUCGAGCGAGGCCGGCUCCAGUUCCAGCGGCAACCAGGGUGAAUUCAAAGCAUCCACCAAGUGUGUGAAAGUAAGACACAAGACACGGGAAGUGCGCGGCAAGAAAGGGCGGCACGGGCAAGGCCGCCUUCCCCUGGCACACGGCGAGAAGGUGGAGCGGAGCCUUCACGCCGCUGGCAAGCGGGGGCAGAGACUGUUCAAGGACGCCGGGAGGAAGGACGCUGGGGGCAGCGAGGGCCGAGACCUACCUGCGGAGAGCAGGAGUGACCGCGAGUACAAGGAGGAGCCGCUGUGGUACACCGAGCCCAUUGCCGAGUACUUUGUUCCUCUGAGCAGGAAAAGUAAACUGGAGACCACAUACCGGAGCUGCCCGGACUCAAGUGAUCUGGCGGCAGAGGUGGCGGGAGGGCUGUCGGAGUCAGUGCAGGGUCUCCGCGCCGGCGGCCACGACGCCCAGCCAACAUACCUCGCAGCAGGCACUUUCAUCGAUGGUCACUUUGUAGAAAUGCCUGCGCUUCUGAAUGAGGACAUCGCCCUCACGGGGACCUCGUUCUGUUCUCUGACAGAGGACGACAAUUACUUGGAUGAUAUUCAUCUAGCAGAAUUAACACACUUCUAUGAAGUGGAUAUUGAUCAAUCCAUGUUGGAUCCUGGUGCCUCAGAGACAAUGCAAGGAGAAAGUCGGAUAUUGAAUAUGAUUCGACAAAAAAGCAAAGAGAAAACAGAUUUUGAGGCAGAAUGUUGCAUAGUGUUAGAUGGGAUGGAGGUGCAAGGGGAACGUGCAAUAUGGACAGAUCGUACCAGCUCCGUGGGGGCCGAGGGGCUCUUCCUGCAAGACCUCGGCAACCUGGCUCAGUUUUGGGAGUGCUGUUCGUCCAGCUCUGGAGAUGCUGACGGAGAGAGUUUUGGAGGAGACUCUCCCGUUCGACUCUCCCCCGUCUUGGACGGUGCAGUGCUCAGUCCACAUUUGCUUGCUGGCAAUCAAGAGCUCUUUGCAGAUAUUAAUGAAGGAUCUGGUAUAAACUCUUGUUUUUCAGUGUUUGAAGUGCAAUGCAGUAAUUCUGUUUUACCUUUUUCUUUCGAAACACUCAACUUGGGAAAUGAAAAUACGGAUUCUAGUGCUAAUAUGCUUGGGAAAACGCAGUCUAGGCUGCUAAUAUGGACCAAAAAUAGUGCCUUUGAAGAAAAUGAACACUGUUCUAAUCUUUCAACAAGGACUUGUAGCCCGUGGUCCCAUUCAGAAGAAACACGCUCAGACAACGAGACAUUGAAUAUUCAGUUCGAAGAAUCCACGCAGUUUAAUGCAGAAGAUAUUAAUUAUGUAGUUCCUAGUGUUUCCUCAAAUUAUGUAGAUGAAGAACUUCUAGAUUUUUUGCAGGACGAAACUUGCCAGCAAAAUAGUAGAACUUUAGGAGAAAUUCCUACCUUAGUUUUCAAAAACAGAUCGAAACUAGAAUCUGUCUGUGGUAUUCAGCUAGAACAAAAAACGGAAAAUAAACCCUUUGAAACGACACAGGUGUGUCACGGAGGCAGCCCUCCCGGAGGGGGCUACAGCUCAGGGGUGAUCAAAGAGAUUUGGACAAAGAUGGCAGAUAGGAAUUCUGUCUUUGAGGGGGACAGAGAGAGAAUGGGCGACGAGCUAUUCCCCACAGACGUCAAUAACUGCUGCUGCUGCCUGAAUGCCGAAGUGGAGACCGAGGCCCUCCAGGAGCCUCGGAGGGCCGUGCAGAGGUCCGAGUACCGCCUGUGGGAGGGCCAGAGAGGCACCCUGGAGAAAAGGGCUUUUGUUUCCGGGGAGCUGUCGAAGGUGGACGGAGGUGAUUACACCACCCCCUCGAAGCCCUGGGACGUGGCUGAGGAGAAAGAAAGUGCGUUUAUUCUCGGAGGAGUUUAUGGAGAAUUCAAACCUUUCCAUAGCGAUGGGGAGUGGGCGCUGGUACCACCCGGUCACACAAAGGGAAGUUUGCUGCAAUGUGCAGCUUCUGAUGUGGUGACGAUAGCGGGCACAGACGUCUUCAUGGCCCCAGGAAACAGCUUCGCUCCUGGACACAGGCAACUAUGGAAACCCUUCGUGUCAUUGGAACCGAAUGAUCCGCCGAAAACCACAGGGGGGAACGGAUUAAACAAGGGAUUUUCUUUUAUCUUCCAUGAAGACUUCCUCGGAGCCUGUGGUAACUUCCAAGUUGAAGAUCCCGGACUUGAAUAUUCAUUCUCUUCCUUUGACUUAAGUAAUCCAUUUUCACAAGUUCUUCAUGUGGAGUGCUCCUUUGAGCCUGAAGGGAUUGCCUCUUUCAGCCCUAGUUUCAAACCGAAGUCAAUCCUCUGCUCUGAUUCCGACAGCGAAGUUUUGCAUCCCAGGAUAUGUGGCGUCGACCGAACACAGUACAGGGCUAUUCGGAUCUCCCCUCGGACUCACUUCCGCCCAAUUUCUGCUUCCGAACUGUCGCCAGGUGGGGGGAGUGAGUCGGAAUUUGAAUCUGAGAAAGAGGAAGCAAAUAUUCCCAUUCCUUCUCAAGUUGACACAUUUGAAGAUCCCCAGGCGGAUCUCAAACCCCUGGAAGAAGAUGCAGAGAAAGAAGGCCAUUAUUAUGGAAAGACGGAGCUCGAGUCCGGGAAGUUCCUUCCUCGCUUAAAGAAGUCUGGGAUGGAAAAGAGUGCGCAGACCUCCCUGGAUUCGCAGGAGGAGUCCUCCGGGAUCCUGCUUGCAGGGAAGCAGAGUCCGUGUUUGGAGUGCAGCCUGAACGAGUCUCUGCAGACUGAAGUGGAACGCUCAGAAGCAAAUUGUAAAAUAAUGGCGCAGUGUGAGGAGGAAGCGAGUCAUUUUUGCAGUUGCAGAGCAGGGUGUCAGUUUCCUGCGUAUGAAGACAACCCGGUGUCUUCAGUCCAGCUGGGAGAGUUGCCCGUGUUGCACACUGAGGAGCUCGGCGCCCCCAGACGCCCAGAGAAGCAGAGCUGGUGGGAGAAGGCCCUGUACUCGCCGCUGUUCCCUGCAUCCGAGUGCGAAGAGUGUUGUACAAAUGCCAAGGGAGAGAAUGGUCUAGAAGAAUUGCCAGACGUUAAAGAGAUGCCCAGUAAUGAAGAGCGUCUGUUAGAUUUUAAUAGGGUGUCUUCUGUCUGUGAAGCGAGGUGUACAGGAGACAGGCGCUCCGGGGCCAAGGCCAACGGCUUCCGCAGAAGGCUGUGCUCGAGCGCCAGCUCCGGCUCGGAGGACACAGCCUCGGACGGCGGGGCUGAGUGGGCUGAUCCCAGCGGCCAGCUCUUCUCUCGGACUCAUCUCUAGCCAGAGCAGUGCCCGCCCACCCGGAGAGGCGCUGCUAACCCCAGACAACUUCGGUUUCCUCUUCACUCACCGACCGCCAUCGCGAUACUCUUUCUCUUCUUGCUUACUUUAGCGUGAGGACAGCUAUCGUGGUGAAGAUUCUUUUCCAAGCUGUUGAGUCUUGGCUCUUUGACAUAGACUAGAUCGUGUUGUCCAGUGCAGAAUGGGGGUGCAUGUGCUUGUCCUCUGACAGCCCUUCCGCAUCUGCGUCAUGAGCACCAGCCUCCAGCCCUCACCUCGGAGAACUGGCAUGGAAGCGUGUGCCCUGCGGUGAAGUGGGCGUUCUGGAGGCAGGAGGGAAGCGCGGGCGUCUCGGCCAGGGUCUUGCGGGCGUGGCAAGGGCCGGCCACAGAAGCAUUGUGGAGGAGACGAUGUUCGUGACCGCCAAGGAUUCGGGGUGUGGGUGCACAGCCGAGUGGGGCUCGAGAGGACCCCACGUAUUGUCACCCUGCGGUUUAUUUACCCCAGACACCUUCCAGGGUGGUUGUGUGGGUCUUAAAAUGCGAUGAGAGCCUGGCUUGCAGGUCUGUUUCCUAGUCAUCUUCAGUCCAUUGAGGCCCUCUCGACUGGACGUUGUCAGCGGCCCCCCAGCACCCCAGAGAAAUCCUGGCUGCUGCAGCUUGUCACUGUGUCUGCAGCUGGUUGGAGCGUGGAUCCCUUUUGUGUUUGAGAGCGUGUC